GAAGAGAUACUCAGGGGCGCUGAGGCGGUGGAUACAGAAGGUACGUUGCAUCGCGGCGGAGGUCGUAGUGGGUGUUUCGCUUCUCUUCUCUAGGAUCUUGGUGACGGCUGGGGGCCAGGGAUCGGACGUCUGCGUUGGCCCAGAGGGCGAUCUGAACAGCCGAACUGGGACAGGUUCGGGCCUCUGGACCCGAAGGUCUAAACAAGAUUGAAGACCAGAAAGGGAAUGUGACCUCUCCAAAGUCAUAGCUGGACAAGAAUCCGAGCCUGUAACUGAAGACACCUGAGAUCUUUCUAUUAUAGUCUUGGGAAACAGACCCUAAGAUUUUUGCAGACUAUCUUCUGGGGAAAAAAUGCCUAAAGUUAAAAGAAGCCGGAAAGCUCCCCCAGAUGGGUGGGAGUUGAUUGAGCCAACACUGGAUGAAUUAGAUCAAAAAAUGAGAGAAGCUGAGACAGAACCUCACGAGGGAAAGAGGAAGGUGGAAUCUCUGUGGCCCAUCUUCAGGAUCCAUCACCAGAAGACCCGCUAUAUCUUUGACCUCUUCUACAAGCGGAAAGCCAUAAGCAGAGAACUGUAUGAGUACUGUAUUAAAGAAGGCUAUGCAGAUAAAAACCUGAUUGCAAAAUGGAAAAAGCAAGGGUAUGAGAACCUGUGCUGCCUGCGGUGCAUCCAGACACGGGACACCAAUUUUGGGACAAACUGCAUCUGCCGGGUCCCCAAAAGCAAGCUGGAAGUGGGCCGGAUCAUCGAGUGCACGCACUGCGGCUGCCGGGGCUGCUCUGGCUGAGCGUCGGGCCCGGACCUCCACCCACCCUGGACUCUGGGCUGCGCAGGACUCCGCCCGUCACGUCACCAUUUGCUGGGAGCAGCUUUUCCUCAGAGCGGUCCCCAGGCCCGACUAGGAGCAUGGUCUCUGUGGGAAGGCUUUGGUGUUCAUCAGCUAUGAUUUGUAGAAAUAAAAAAAAUUUCUAAACCUU